UGGCUAUUUCACACCCCAAUUUUUAAACCCAACCAAUCACAUACAUAUCUUUUCAGUUUUGUUCUCAAUCAGGAAAAUGUCCGAAGAGAAUCAUGAGACAAAUGAAGUGGUAAGGCCAAGGUCCAUGGAGCACGAUGAAAGCGGGCACUCGGUGGAUCAGGACGAUGAAAGUAGACGCUCGAUGGAUGUUAAAGCCAUGGAUACGAGUGUGGAUCAGGUGAAGAGUGAAACCGAAACUGAAGAUUAUGACGAAUAUGAAGACGACAAACCCACAAGGGGUGAGGUUAUGGGUUGGUGUUUUUAUGAACUAUCUUCCUAUUUUACACACACUGUUCUUAUUACAGUCGUGUUUCCCCUCAUCAUAAGCCAGACUUUUAGUAAACCGCCACCUGAACCGGCUCGAGGUUGGUACAAGAAUGUUAGAGGCCUUGAUUGCACCAAAAAGGAAACCACUUUGUUUGAAGCACUAACAUAUGCCAGAAUAAACGUAGGUGACCUAUCAUUCUCCCCACUAGAAUGGACUUCAAUCUCUUGGUUUUCCGGCCUAAUCCUCGCCGGACCGCUACUCGCCUACAUCUCCAUCCUCCUCGACCACCGUCAAAACUCCCAACUCAUCACCGCCAUCGCCACCGCCAUCGGAGCCAUCUUCUGCCUCCCCGCCGGAAUCAUCAAAACCCCAUGGAUCAUACCUCCCUACAUCGCCGCCAUUGUCGCCUCCAACACCGUCGGCUCCGCCUUCCACAACCGCCACCUCGGCCUCAUGGUCCGCGGCUUCGUCGGCGCCACCAUCCGUAAACUCCACUUCCCCAACCGCCAAGCCAUCUCCAGCUGGCUCUCACUCUACGCCACCGCCGGCGGCUGCCUUGGAGCCGCCGCCAUCGCAUCGUUCACUUACUACAUGCUUCGAAACCCCGAAGGGUUUGUUAGUUUAUGGGUUGUUUCUAUCUUUAGCGGGAUAUUAUGGUUCGUUGGAAUCGUACAUAUCCUCACUGCCGUUAGAUCAAACGGAAUUGGAUCAUCAGUUACUAAUUGUAGGAUAUCAUCUAAGUACUUCAUUUCAAUAUUUAACUACCCGCAUGCUGCCGGAAGUCUCGUCGGAGUUUUCCUCUCGUCGUUCUCAACAAUGAGUAUAUUCACCGGGGCUGUGCUUUACAUUGUUGGUCAACUUUGUACGCCUCCACAAGACAUAUUAUUCACUUGGUUGACUUAUUUCUUUUUUCCAGUUUUAGCACUUCCGUUAUUACAUCCUGUUCAAAAAGUUAUACAAUCUGACGCCGUUAAAAUGCAAAUAUUCGGUUUCUUGCUCUCCACGUUAACUUCCGGAAUGGGGUUUUACUACCGGAAAGAAAACUGGCAUAAUAAUCAUGUCUUGGUUCUUGCUGCUGCACAAAGUAUAGCUUCUGGUGUCCUGCAUGCGCAUAGUCGAAUUUUGUUGAUGGAUUGCGCGCCGGCGGGUAAAGAAGGGGUGUUCGCGGCUUGGUUCGCGUGGGUUCGGAUGCUUGGAGCGUUUGUCGGGUUUGCUAUUGGCUCGAGUGGUGUAGGGAGUGUUAAUAGGUCGUUUGGGGCGGCGUUUGUUGCGGCUGUUAUUGGCAUUGUUGCUUUGAUCUUUAGUAACAUUAGUAGUUAUGGCGGGGCUGUGGCGGCUGGUCAUGUGCGAAAGCGACGUGAGACGGAAUCGCCGGUUCGGGGAUCAAAAGAUUUGGCUAAGGUUGAAGGAAAAGAGGAUUUGGAGGGAACACAAGAUAGAAGCAUGGAAGUUUGAUUUAUGUUUUGUUUUUUUUUUUUUUUUUUUUGUUUGGAAAUAUUUGUGGUUUGUUGAAUAUUGGGUUCUCUUUGUUCUUGUAUUUUUCAUUCUUUGUUAACAAAUAAUCCAGGGAUGUUUCUUUUCUUAAUUUUAAAUAAAUGGAAGAUUUUGGAAAUAAA